CCCAGUCCGUCUGUCUCAUCGCCGCCGCCUCCUCCUCCUCACCACGACGGCUCCUCCGCGCUUUGCUGUCUGGCUCGCUUUGCCGUCACUCCCGGCGCGGCCGCACGAGAAUAUUCAUUUUUAGUUUGGGGUUUUGCUUUGGCUUGUUGGCUGUCGUUGCGGCGUUAGUUUUGUUUGGAGCGAGUUUUGUUGCUGUUGUUGUUGGAAAUCUUGAACCGGGUCUCAACGUAGAGAGAUUAGGGUGGUGGUGGGGGGGGAGAGUUUGAGGAGGUGGUGGUGGUGAAGGAGGCAAAGUCGACGAUGGACGAGGCGGAGAAGAACGGCGCUUUGCCCGCCGAGGUGAGGGCCCAGUUGGCGGAGCUGAAUCGAGAGUUUGCCGAAGGUGACCUCACGAGGAAAGGAUAUGAGAAAAGAAGACAAAAGCUGCUCUCACCAUAUUUAUCGAAAGUAUCAGGUGGCUCGAGCACGGAGAAGCUGCCGAUGCCGAGCCCAAGGCUUAGUCCGGCCCCGAGCCCGGGUCCCCCGGCCUCCCCGCAGGACUGGCAGAAGCAGGGCGGCCACGCGGACGAGAGCUGCCAGUCAGACGCGCACGUGGCAGCCGUGAAAGCGGCGCUGGCGAAGCAGGGGGAGGCGCAGCUCAUUCUGCCCAUGCCCUCCAAGCGGCCGGCUGCUGCCCCGGGGCAUUACAGAUCGGAGAUGCCCCAGCAAGGGCCCUUGCAGAGUCCUGCCGGUCACACACGCAUUGGUGUCAACGUCCUGGCAGACUUCAAGUCGCCCUCACUCCCAGAGAGCCCGUCCCCGCAGCCUGACAUCACCAACAACCCCCCACGCACAUUUCACAUCGAGAGGCCGCAGGUGGUUCCUUUUCGAGAGCAGCAGAAGAUUCAGAGCGAAGAGCGGACAGAGUCCGGGAACGGAGCUGUGAGCAACAGCCACGUGUCGUCCAAAAUCCAACAGCUCCUCAACACGUUGAAACGACCCAAACGGGUGCCGGUCAAGGAGCUCUACACCGACGAUGAGGACAUGCUGGAAGUUCCGGUCCAGGACCCGAAUCGACCCCGGCCGGAGGGGGCGGAGAUGAUCCCGGUGCAAGGAGAGCCGCUCGGCGUGGUGAGCAACUGGCCGUCGGCGCUGGAGGCCGCUCUGCAGCGUUGGGGGAUCCAAUCGGCCAAGGCGCCCUGUCUCACCGCCCUCGACACCAACGGGAAAGUGCUCAACACGCUCGCGUACGGAAAAUUGUUCAGCAAAAGUCGUAAAAUGGCCUUCACGCUUUUGAACAAGCUGGGCACCAAACAAGAUCAGCUCCUGAAGCCCGGUGACAGGGUUGCGCUCGUUUAUCCCAACAGCGACCCUAUCGCCUUCACGCUGGCGUUCUACGGCUGCCUCCUGGGCGGCCUGGUGCCCGUGCCCAUUGAAGUGCCGCUCACAAACAAGGACACGGGCUGCCAACAGAUCGGGUUUCUGCUGGGCACCUGCGGCGUGACCGUGGCUCUGACCAGCGAGCUGUGCCACAAGGGGCUUCCCAAAACUCCUGCUGGCGACAUUUUCCAGUUCAAAGGCUGGCCCAAGCUGCACUGGUUCGUGACCGAUUCGAAGAAUCUUUCCAAGCCGUCCAAGGACUGGAUGCCUCAGAUGCGUGACGCCAAUGACGACGCUGCUUACAUCGAGUACAAGACAAGCAAGGACGGCAGCGUGAUGGGCGUCGCUGUGAGCCGGGUGGCAAUGCUGGCGCACUGCCACGGCCUGACGCAGGCGUGCGGAUACACCGAGGGAGAAACUCUUGUCAAUGUGUUGGACUUCAAGCGGGAGGCCGGGUUGUGGCAUGGCAUCCUCACGGGCGUGAUGAACAUGAUGCACAUCGUGUGCGUGCCCUACACGCUCAUGAAAGCCAACCCCCUGUCCUGGAUACAGAAGAUCCACGCCUUCAAGGCAAAGUUGGCGUGCGUCAAGUCUCGGGACAUGACCUGGGCUCUCAUGGCCUUCAAGGAGCAGAAGGACCUAGCCCUUGGCUCGCUGAGAAUGCUGGUGGUGACGGACGGCGCGUACCCAUGGUCCGUGGCGACUUGCGAGGCUUUCGUGAAGACGUUCCAAGGCAGGGGCCUGCGUCGUGAGGCCGUGUGCCCCUGUGCCUGCUCACCCGAGGCCCUCACUGUAUCCAUGCGCCGGCCCUUGACGGAGGGAGGCUCUGGGUUCCCUCCUCCCGCCCACUCCUCUCUUGUGCUUUACGGCCUGAGCUACGGCGUCAUUCGCCCGGCGACGGACGUCUCGCAGUCCGCGCUCGCCCUGCAGGACGUCGGCAACGUCAUGCCCGGAGCGAUUGCGUGUGUGGUGCGGCCCGACGGACCUCCACAGCUGUGCCGUGAGGACGAGGUCGGAGAGAUCUGCGUCCGCUCACAGGCCACGGCCGCCUCCUACUACGGCCUUGCCGCCAUCACCAAGAACACCUUCGAGGUGUUUCCAGUGAAUGUUGUGGGAGCUCCAUUCUGCGAGCAUUCCUUCGUCAGGACGGGCCUGCUUGGUUUUGUGGGAGCGGGUGGACAGGUGUUUGUGGUGGGUCGCGUCGAGGGGGUGAUGACGGUUGGCGGACGCCGCCACAGCGCCGAUGACCUCAUCGCCACUGCCCUGGCCAUCGAACCGAUCAAGGUGGUCAACCGUGGCAGGAUCGUGGCUUUCUCGGUAACCGUCCUGCGGGACGAGCGAGCCGUGCUCGUCGCCGAACAGCGGUCCCAGACCUCCGAGGAGGAGUCGUUCAAGUGGAUGAGCCAGGUCAUUCAGGCUGUGGACACCAUCCACCAGAUGGCGCUCUACUGCGUGGUGGUCGUACCGGAGAACUCGCUGCCCAAGCUAGCGCUGGGCGGCGUUGACCUGUUCGAGACGCGGCAGCGAUUCCUGGAGGGCACCCUGCACCCGUGCGGGGUGCUCAUGUGCCCGCACGCUGCCAUCACCAACCUGCCACGGCCCCGCGAGAAGCAGCAAGAGAUGGCACCGGCGAACAUGAUGCUUGGAAAGCUAGUGACUGGGAAGAGGAUCGCUGAGGCGAUUGGUCGAGACCUGGGCCAGAAGGACGACGACCAAGCCAGGAAGUUCCUCUACCUGUCGGACGUGCUUCAGUGGAGGGCUCAGACUGCGCCGGACCAGAACCUCUUCACGCUCCUCAAUGCCAAGGGCGCGGUGGCCUCCACAAUGACAUGUGUACAGCUGCACAAGCGUGCGGAGAAGGUGGCCGUGCUGCUCACGGAGAAGGGCAAGCUGAGCAAAGGAGAUCACGUGGCGCUCAUCUACCCGGCCGGCCUGGACCUGAUAGCGGCGUUCUUCGGCUGCCUGUACGCGGGCUGCGUGCCCGUGACAAUACGACCGCCAACGCCGCAGAACCUGUCCACAACGCUCGCCACCGUCAAGCUCAUCGUCGAGACGAGCAAGUCGGUGUGCGUGCUGACCACGCAGCUGCUCAUGAAGCUGAUAAAGUCGAAGGAAGCUGCUGCAGUUACCGACUCUAAGGUCUGGCCCCCGAUGAUUGAUACGGACGAAUUGCCCAAGAAGAAGCUGUUUCAGAUCUACAAGGCACCCACGCCGGAGAUGCUGGCUUACCUCGACUUCAGCGUCUCCACCGUCGGGAUGCUGGCAGGAGUCAACAUGUCGCACGCGGCAGCCAGCUCGCUGUGCCGCUCAAUCAAGAUCCAGUGCGAGCUGUACCCGUCCCGUCAGAUCGCCCUCUGCCUCGACCCCCAUUGCGGCCUGGGGUUCGUGCUGUGGUGCCUCUCCGGGGUGUACGCCGGGCACCAGUCGAUGCUCAUACCCCCCGCGGAGUUGGAAGCGAACCCCGCCGUGUGGCUGUCGGCCGUGAGCCAGUACAAGAUCCGAGACACGUUCUGCUCCUACUCGGUCAUGGAGCACUGCACGCGCAUGCUUAGCACGCAGACCGACUCGCUUAAGGCCCGCGGGGUGAACCUGUCGGGCGUGCGCACGUGUGUGGUCGUGGCGGAGGAGCGGCCCCGCAUCGCACUCGCCACCUCCUUCUCCAAGCUCUUCAAGGACCUGGGGCUCUCCCUCCGAGCCGUGGGGGCCACCUUCGGCUGCCGGGUCAACCUUGCCAUCUGCCUGCAGGGCACAUCUGGUCCUGACCCAACCACGGUCUACGUCGAUAUGAGAGCUUUAAGAAAUGACAGGGUGCGUCUGGUGGAAAAAGGUUCGCCACACAGCUUGCCCCUAAUGGAGUCUGGAAAGAUCUUACCUGGAGUACGCGUGAUGAUCGUGAACCCAGAAUCCCUUGGGCCACUGGGAGAUUCGGAUCUGGGAGAGAUAUGGGUUCAGAGCCCGCACGGGGCGAGCGGGUACCACUCAUUCGUGGGCGACGCCUCGCUCAUCGCGGGUCACUUCGACGGGCGGCUCAGGGUGGGCGACACCCAUGCCGUGUGGGCCCGCACCGGCUACCUGGGCUUCUUGCGACGCACGGACCUCACCGACGCAAACGGAGAGCGUCACGACGCGCUGUACGUGGUGGGCUCGCUGGAGGAGGCCAUGGAGCUACGCGGAAUGCGCUACCACCCCGUGGACAUUGAGGCCUCCGUGCUGCGAGCCCACAAGAGCAUCACCGAGUGUGCCGUGUUCCCCUGGAAGAACUUGCUGGUGGCCGUGGUGGAGUUUGGGGGCCCUGAGCAGGAGGCGCUGGACUUGGUGUCGCAGGUGACGGGCGCGGUGCUGGAGGAGCACUACCUGGUGGUGGGCGUGGUGGUGCUCGCCGACCCGGGCACUGUGCCCAUCAACUCGCGCGGCGAGAAGCAGCGCAUGCACCUGCGUGACGGCUUCCUCGACGACAAGCUCGACCCCAUCUACGUCGCGUACAACAUGUGAGCGAGGCGCGCGCUGCGUGGCGGGCGGAACGAAGGCGACAGACGGAUGCGCCACCCGAGAGACUUUUUUUUUUAGGUAAAGCGAUUGCUGGGGGAAUUUAGGGAGUCUUGCCGGUUUUAAUAAAAAAGGUUGAAAAUGAUGUAGAAGGGAGGAGCGAUUGGGUGGAAAACGAAUUUUGGUUAUGGUUGGGACAGUGAAGGUAUGGCCGUGGCGUGCAGGCCCACCAGGAUGGCUGGGUUGGGAUGGAGAGCAGUGGUGGAUCGUUUGUCCCCGUAAAUGUUCACCGUUUGUGUUUAGUCAGUGCCACAUUCACCCCAUGAAGCUUUCCGAAUCCCCAUUGUCUCCCGCUGAAAUCCCUCAAAAGUCCUUGGGAUGAUUUCCAAAAGCUGGGCUUUAAACCGUACAGAUAUGCUGGUGGUUAUGCUGUGCGUUUUGUCUAUUUAAAUACUAUUAUCAUUUUUUUUUUAUGUUAAUAUUUCUCCCUGCAAAAUGUCUGCUUGCACAGACCUGCGUAUGGGCUCUUAGAGUAGCGGGUCCAUUGGCGCAGAAGCAUAAUGCACGUCGCAGCCACACGCCACAUUGUGUACCAUCGUCAUACCAAACAUCACAGCCACACAGCACACACGCCACACACCAUCACAGCCACACACCACGUAUGACUGUUGCAUAACCCAAACCACACAGCCACACUCCACACAUCACCGUCACACCACCACAACAGAAAUAUAUUUUAAAAUAUCAUCCUCCUGUUUCCAUCCAUCCCCUCAUCCACCACCGAACAGGAUUCGUUUUGCCCUCCUGUCCUCUGGGUCGCAGUUUUGCUUUAUCUCGGCAGUCAUUCUACCCGUAGGCAAAUGCCGAGUGCUAAAAUGUUCCGUAUUAAUUUUCACAUUCAUAUUUCCUAAUCUAUCCUUGCCAUUCUUUAUGCAUGAACCAACAGUGCGAGUAAAUGCCAUGGAUCUGGCCAGGGAUGUCGUUUAAGUUCGGUAAAGCAGCAGGGGCACCUAAUCAUGAGAUUUAGUUCAAAUCCAAGCCUGGGUUGGCUUAGACCCAUCAUCUACAUGACCUCCCCCCACUACACCCCCCCUCUCCACGGGGCAUUGUAAUUAACCAGCACCACCUGGUGAGGCUGCCCCUAUUUCGCGGGAUGUCAACGGUGGUUGUUCUGUGGAGAGAAGAAGACUGGUCCUCACAAUACUCAGACCGGUUAUCGGAAUGUGGAAUUUCUAUCGGCGGCUCAGGAUCUCCAAAGGAAAAAUAUCACCGCCCAAUGCUCAUUUGGAGACAUGCACAUUGCCAUUUCUCUCUAGUUAUAUCUCGAUGCCAUUUAAAAACAUUUUAAUGUUGUCAUUGCCAAUUUUAUAUUCACCCCCUACGUUCCGUUUGUCGGCGUGUUCAAAGCUUGCUGGACGGGGUCCCUCUUUUUUUCCUGGGCGGGGGUGGGGAGGGGGAGAUGCGUGGGGGGGGUAUAAACGGCGCGAUGCAGCCUGCGUGUCAUCAGCUACGCGAGCGCAUGGUUCGGUGCUUUGGCAGAGCCUCCCUGCUGAGCAUCAAAAGAAUGCUUUGCCACACCCUUUAUGUGACCAUUCCCACCGGAGGUAGAGCAAUGAAGUGAUGUCUCUAUUUCAAAAAAGCAACAACACUCAGUCAUCAUCCCUGACCUCAGCGUUAUACAUAAUUGGCCAAAUGUGCCACAGAGGAGACCUUCCCUGAUGAAGUCUUCACAUUCAUCAAUCUUUUGUGCACAAAAACUCUUUGUAUUUCUAGAAGAAAUCAUCAUAAUUGCUUAUUAAAUUUUGGAUCUGAGGAGGCUAUGCCCUGCUGGUGUUAGUUCAGAGUUACGUAAAAAUUGAUUUUCAUCUUGAAGGGUGUUCUAUUACGUGAUUUUUGUUUAGCAACUUCUGAAACCUGCUGCAUUCGAUCAAUGCUUAGUCCAUUUGGCAUGUUCCCUUUUGUGGUUUAAUUGCAUUUUUCUGUCAAUGUCAUUGCGUCUGCAGUGAUUGCGGUUUAACGAUUGGGGCAUUUUAAAUUGUUUAUGCGAGCGACACAAAGUGCGGAGUAAAUGUUUCGCGGCAGAAGAGUUCCAACGCGACAGUGCAGGGACGACUGUGAUUCUACCCCCAAUGCGCCUCGAUCGACGUUAAUGGCCAUGUUUUAUGCAAUGACCCGUUCAGUCACUGUCCACUCCAAUCCACUGGUUUCUCCAGCUCCUCAUGCCUACCAGUAAGCCGCACGUGAAUAGUGUCAGUGACCGUCUGAUGUGCACAUGGAUGAGAGGUUUGCUCGGCCGUGAAAAGCUGGGUCUUCGUCGGGGUUCCUUGGGGGGCAGUCGUUUCAGAACGGCUGCCUCCUGCUGUGUGCCCCGUUUGUUUUCUGUAUUUAUAUAGCACGCAUUAAAAGCACAUGCAAGAAAACUUCAGAGCUUCCUUACAACAAUGAACGCUCAUGGUGCAGUGCUUGCUUGGGUUAAAGCUCGGCUAGAAUAUUUGCAUUCUUACCAUCUCUCCCCUCCAUGGAGUCUUUGCAUCCUUCUAGGGAAGUCGGCCAGGGGAUAAAAGGUGUGAAUUUAUAAUGCGAUUGAAUUUUACCUAUGCCCCACCGUCCCAUCCCCGGUGAGGGUUACGGUGGUGAGCGUUAAUGUUUGCGUGGUGAGUGUGAAUGUUUGUCUGGUGAGCAGGUUAAGCCUGUCUGUCUGUCUGGCCAUUGCAUCCACACGGUGACUAUGUAAACUUGUUCCAGGCCCUGAUGGCAGGGCCUAAUUGUGCGUACGUAGGUAGAGCUGUCACGUUUGUGUUUUCAUUACGCAUUGCGGAUAAAAUCACACCAACAAUGGUGAAUUGGAAAGCGUGGCUCGCAUCACUGAAUUUUGUGCUUGCGGUUUUUUUUUUUGCUCGGGAGAAACCGCGAGUGACACGAGGCACGCAAAACCGCCAGCCUGACGAUUGACGCAAAAAAAUACAAUCUGCCAAAAGAUCUGUUCGCAUCUUCAGAAUUGAAUCAAAUGUCAUUAAGCAGCGCUCUGGCAUCUGGUUGUUUAUGCCAGUCGUGAACAUCAACUUGCAAUAAUGUGGCUGAAAUGUAUUCACUGCUCGGAUAAUGAUUCUCUGUCCAAACCUCUUGGGAGCCUUUCUUUUCUGUAAUGCAACCCCCCAUUAGUGUUUUUUUCCCAAAUUGAACAACAUCAAAUUCCGGGUUUGAACUCAUUUCUGCACUACCCUCAAAGACAUGACACAGUCUGUCAGAGUUUCUAAUGUAUACACAUUUCUGCAUUGAGCUUCCCAGUCAUACACGUAACACUGUCCUCUGUAAUUAAUGCGUCUCGGUGUACCGCUCUUGCCACUUGGACAUUUUCUUCCCCAUUACGGAUUAGCACGUCGUCCAGUGUCCCUUUAUGUUUUGCAUUUGGAGGCCGGGAACGUUGUGUGCGUGCGCAUUAGCGUGGUGCAGCGGUGCUUGGUGUGGGAUGUGAGUUUUUUUUUUUGCUUGAUUUAGAACACCAGAUGGUACGUACUUCCUUGGCAAUGUUGCACUUGAAAUUGUACAUUGAAUUUCUUUGUGAAUUUGAGAACGUCUGAUGACAUUCUUGCGCGGCUGUGCUUCUAAAAAGAGGUCAGGUGCGUGCGUGCAAGAUACUUUGUCUUGUAGGCAUGUCAUGUGACGAUUCACCCUGCUUGCCCAGUCGAUUGUCACAAUUUAGUGACGCGAUUCGAAUCAAAUACCAAUUGUUUUUUUUUGUCGUGGUUUAUUUCUAAAGUUUACCAUCUCAUUUGUAUUGUUUCGUUUUUUUUUGUCUUGCCUGUACAUUUUUUGUUUCCCUGCUCCAUUCGUUUCAAUGUGACAUCAUAUCCUUUGCAUUGAAUUAUUAUAAAUAAUCAAAUCUCACCUGCACGAUUUGCCGCUUUUAUCGUGAGCGUAAAAAUAUUUUUAUGCGAUGAAUCAUUGUGCUGAGUGCCUUUAGAUAUUCAGAGGUGGGGGGGGGGGGUAAAGUUUAAAAGCAUUGAAAAAUAAUUUCCUUAAAAAAAUGAUGGCAAGGUCAUCUGUUCAGUCGUGACCAAAUGAGCACUGCUUGCUGCAAAUGUGUACUCUUACCAUUUUAAUCCAUUGCUUUGUGGUGACAUCUACAGAGUUUAUUAACACUCUAUGAUGUUACAUGUUUAUCGGUUAACAGCAAAAUAUUAUUAAAACGUCUGCUUCAAGUUUUCAGAGAGCAUUUGCUCGUCGGCGUCGAUAAAGGCUGCUCGUAAACUUGGACCAGACGGCAACCUUUCUUGGGUAACGGCUCUAACAGCCUUCUAAUCUCACAUCUCUGUCUCCUAGAUACGCUAGUUCCCGGCAAUGUAGCCUGGGGGAGGGAGAGGAGGCGAGAGGGGUGGUUUGGUUGAAGGCGCGGAAUAAUAUCAGCAAACUUUGUCCUUAAUGGGUUGCAUUCUGACGAAAGAGCCGUUGACGUGCAGAGGCAUUAAUGCACGCGUAAAAUUCACGUGAUGCGCGCGCGCGCGCGUGCAUAAAAUAACGUGCAACUUAGUGAAAAUUAUUAACGUUAAAUUAUGAAGGGUUUUUUUUGGGGGGGGGGGUGGGGUGGGGUAAGCUUUAUAGAACAUGGACUAUAUGCAACGUCGUUUCUUUUAAGUUUGUGCCAUGGUGACGUUUCAUCACAACCACGUAUUUUGUUGGAAGUGCGAGGGGAGGUCAGAAAGUAUUGCGUAAUUAUUAAUAUUUUAAUACCUGCAAACUUUAUUUCAUUGUAAUGUAAUGUGUCGUUCAUAUGUAAUUAUUGGGCCAUAACAAAAGUGUGCUGGUAUCGCAGGCAGUAGGUGGUCUGAUGACAAGUUCAAAUCCUCGUCAGGUUUUACUAAUCCCAUGAUGAUAAUGAUGAUGAUCAUCUCUCAUGCGUCAAUAAAACGACACCACAAUGUGAGGUGUAAAAAAGCUCCCCCCCACCCCCGUCUUUUGGCAAUACUGUCAUAAAUGUAGGGCUUACGAAUUUACAGGGUUUGGUUAAAUAAAUGUUACCUUAAAUGAUUUUUGAACAAUUUUGACCACCCCCUCGGAUAUAGUCCUUAUGCAGUAUAUAAGUGUAACAUUUUGACGAUAGAUAAAAGCUAAAAUAUUGUAAAAACUCUUUAAAAAAUGUUUUCACAGCAAAUGAUUUACCAAUGCCAAAAUGUGUGAAGGUUAUUUGAUCAAUAAAAUACAAAAUAACUUAAUUGUUUUAUCUGCCGGCCAGCAUUGUCUUGUUUAGAUAAUUAAAUGUUUAAUGUCACUAACGGUUUCAUAAUGUCAACAUUGCUAUGUAGAGAAAAGUGCCUGCAGAGUCAAUGCCCACAAUCGUAGCUUUUAGGCCCGGUCCACACAUGGGCAAAUUUUACAAAGCGACACGGUAAAACACAACGACAAGUUCCGCCCGAAUCCGUAGUUCGUUCUUAAAUAGCACUUCGUGCCAAUUUCACACCAAAGGGGAGAGCGUCUUUCAGAGGCUAAGGCGAUUGGCGGGCGAACGCAACACGACGUGGCCUGACUUUCACGUGAUAUCACUUCCCUGUGGAACGGGUGCGAAGCUGCGAGCGGGAUAGGAAAUCACGGUUCGGUCGCCAACUGGCCCGUUGAUACGUCUCGAUAGAGCGACGCGUUUGUGCCACGGUCGUUGUGUUGCUCUGUAAAAAAAAAAUCUGUGUGGCCUGGACUUUGUGUAGUUCCACCAGCUGAAAGCGACUUGCUUUUGCACUAUGUUAUAUCUAGAAUCAAAAUUAACUUGGUGGUGCGCCUUUAAAAAACCUAAAUCUACCACUGAACCAUGUUCCGCAAGUUCAUGAGUUCCCUGGCAAAAAAUUUUCCCUGUACGCAGGAACAAAAUCUCACGUGGCAUUUUACGUUUUUAUUGAUUUCAUAACAUGUUUCCACUAAUCUCAUAACUUGAGUUCAUUCACUUUACGUUCUGAGCAAUAGUAUGCACAUAAUCAGGGUUAAGGUGUGAAAUAGAUUUAACUGUAAUAAAAAUGAAAUUAAAAUAAAGGGAGUUGAUCUUAAGGAUAUCGUGUUGAUGGAACUGUGUCGCAGGUUCGGUUUGUAUACACUGGAAAUGUUUAAGCUCCAAACUUGAAUGAUAUGUCAUUUUAUCAGCUUUCGUUUAAUCAUGGUAUCAUUGCUCUGUUGUCGUUUUGUAAAUAUUUAUGUAGCAAUGCUAAUUUUCUAUUGUAACGAACUAAAUAAAGAUUUUUUUUCAAGCAAAAUAA